CCCCCUCCCGGCCCCGCCCCCUCAGGCGCCGGAACCUUCUGGGCCGCGGGCGCGGUGCAUUGUGGGGGCAGGCAGCGUUUCCACCCCACGGGCGGCCGCCAAGAUGAUGCCCACACCUGUUAUCCUCCUGAAGGAAGGGACCGACACUUCCCAGGGGAUCCCCCAGCUUAUUAGUAACAUCACAGCAUGCCAGAUCAUUGCAGAAGCUGUCCGGACCACGCUUGGCCCCCGAGGCAUGGACAAACUCAUCGUCGAUGACAGAGGCAAAGCCACGAUUUCCAAUGAUGGGGCCACUAUCCUGAAGCUCCUUGACGUGGUCCAUCCUGCUGCAAAGACUCUUGUAGACAUUGCCAAGUCCCAGGAUGCAGAGGUUGGCGAUGGCACCACGUCUGUUACCCUCCUGGCUGCCGAGUUCUUAAAGCAGAUCAAGCCCUACGUGGAGGAAGGGCUGCACCCCCAAAUCAUCAUCCGUGCCUUCCGUACCGCAACCCAGCUGGCUGUGAAUAAGAUCAAGCAAAUUGCAGUUACAGUCAAGAAGACAGACCAAGCGGAGCUGAGGAGUCUCCUGGAGAAAUGUGCAAGCACAGCCUUGAGCUCCAAGCUGAUCGCUCAGCACAAGGGCUUCUUUGCCCAAAUGGUGGUGGAUGCAGUCAUGAUGCUAGAUGAGCUGCUGCAGAUCAAGAUGAUCGGGAUCAAGAAGGUGCAGGGAGGGGCCCUAGAGGACUCCCAGCUGGUGGCGGGAGUGGCCUUCAAGAAAACCUUCUCUUACGCCGGGUUUGAGAUGCAGCCAAAGAAGUACGAGUCUCCCAAGAUCGCCUUGCUCAACAUCGAGCUGGAACUCAAAGCGGAGAAGGACAACGCCGAGAUCCGAGUCCACAGUGUGGAGGACUACCAGGCCAUCGUCGAUGCCGAGUGGAGCAUCUUGUACGACAAGCUGGACAAGAUCCACAAGUCCGGGGCCAAAGUGGUCCUCUCUAAGCUCCCCAUCGGGGAUGUGGCUACUCAGUAUUUUGCUGACCGAGACAUGUUCUGUGCUGGCCGAGUCCCAGAAGAAGAUCUCAAGAGGACCAUGAUGGCUUGUGGUGGAUCCAUUCAGACCAGCGCAAACUCCCUGACUGACGACGUCCUUGGGCGCUGCGAGCUCUUCGAGGAGAUGCAGAUCGGAGGGGAGAGAUACAACUUCUUCACCGGCUGCCCGAAAGCCAAGACCUGCACAAUAAUCCUGCGCGGUGGAGCAGAGCAGUUCAUGGAAGAGACGGAGCGCUCCCUUCAUGAUGCCAUCAUGAUUGUCAGGAGAUCCAUCAAGAAUGACUCUGUGGUCGCUGGUGGUGGAGCUAUAGAGAUGGAGAUUUCGAAAUACCUCCGAGACUAUUCCAGGACCAUUCCUGGCAAGCAGCAGUUGCUGAUCGGGGCUUAUGCCAAAGCCCUGGAGAUCAUUCCGCGUCAGCUCUGCGACAACGCUGGCUUCGAUGCCACCAACAUCCUUAACAAACUCCGGGCCAAGCACGCACAGGGUGGCAUGUGGUACGGUGUGGACGUGAACAACGAAGACAUCGCCGACAACUUUGCAGCCUGUGUGUGGGAGCCGGCCGUUGUGCGCAUCAACGCCCUGACCGCCGCCUCCGAGGCAGCCUGCCUCAUUGUCUCUGUGGAUGAAACGAUCAAGAACCCCCGUUCCACUACGGACGCCCCGCCGCUCGGCCGCGGCAGAGGGCGAGGCAGGCCACACAACCACUGAGAUCCAGAUGUCGCCACCAGUGUUAGCAGCCAAGGGUGCCCCCCUGUUCUAUGAAAUGUGGGCACCAGGAGAGCCGCUCUUAGCACCACUUAGGCCCCUUUACCUGUUUCGGCUACGGAAGCUCCCCGGGCAUAUUCACACACCACGAUGUGCAUUGUAGCAUAACAAUGUUCCAUUUCAAACCUUGCCUUGAGUUUCAAGGGGAAGGUCCCUUAAACCUCAAGGGAUGUAUACCCUCGGAUGCCCAAACCCCGGCGCCAUAGAUGGUGCUGGGCUCCUCUCCCUCCCAGGUUUGUCCUUGGCCUUCCACUGGGAGUGUGUGUGGAAGGACCCCGACUCUUCGCAGUGUUGGCAUCCUGUUCGAAUAUUAAGAUGGCUGCUGGUGGUUGGUAUUUAUUGAUUUUUUUUUUGUACUGGGAAUUAAAAUCCAGGCAUGAACGUUAAUAAACAAUUCCAAAAGUG